GAGAUUACAGAAUUCCAGCAGAGCAGAGUCAAAAACAAAAAUGAUGAAAAUGGUUGAAUGGGCCCAGGGAAGUAGGUGCAGAAACAAUGGACAUUAAGGGGAAGCUGGGUAAAGGUACUGAAAGGAAAUUUAGGGAAGUUAGGGAGAAUUAAGGGGACGAAACUUUGGAAACACCCGUCUGUGUUCACCCCUUUUAAAACUCUGGAGUUGACAGUGAUUGCAUGAGACGGACUGAUUCCAGGGAGUUCCCAUUGAUUUGAGAGAUGGCUGAAGCAAUGGAAAAUUUGGAAGAGUGUGAAGGAGAGAAAAUUCCAGAGACUUCACAUUCCAAGAGCCAGGCAGUAAAGGAAGCUAUUUUAGCCAAUCACAAUUUUUCACAGAAUGAAUCGGGUGUUGAUACUAGCAUCUGUGAUGGCUUACUACAGACAGAGGUCUUUGACCCAGAUCACACAGCUAACAACUCCAAUGAUUUAAUCAUGAGUAUACCCAAGUUUGAUGACAGUGGCAUUGACUUUGAGAAGUCACCUGUGUCAAACAGUGGCAAGGACAGUGGUCUUGGACCAGAAUGCUCACCAAGUUUGAAGGACUGUUCGAUGUCUGAACUCGAUCUCAGCGAGUCAGUUUCGGAAUGUGUUACAGACAGUGGCUGCACUUCAAGGACUAACUCAGAAUGCAACUCACAUGCUAAUAGUGAAAAGAGAAAAACUGGAAAGCAAAAUAACAUUAAAUUAGAUCAUAAAGCAGACAAUUCAGUGAAAAGAAAUUCAGCCAGUGCAGCUGAGAAUAAUAUUAACAAACAGCCAAUCCCAGGAGAAGAAACCGAUGAUGUUGCAAGUGAACCAGGGAGCUCCCAGGUAAAUGAUGAUCAUGUUCACAUGGAAACCAAAAAUUCUGACGAUGACUCAGACAUUGUAUCAUUUAGGAAACGCCCAGCAAAAAAACGCAAAUAUCGAUUCCAGCGGAUCUCUGACAGCGAUGACGAUGACGUGAACCAGAAUGAGGGUGAGAACACAGAAGAUCAAGAAGAAAUGGCUGACAUUGAAACAGAAAGUGACAUUGAUUCUGAUGAAUUUUCAGAUGAAGAGAUCAAUGAUAAUUUAGAAUCUGUGAAAUCAAAAUCAGAUGACCAGAAAUCUAAUUCUGAAGAGGAGGAAGAGGAAGACAAAGCAACACCAAAGCAUACAUGGUUUGCAUUAAAAGAUCUCAGCAGCCGACAGAUGGGGUUCUCAAACAAAACUCCACCCUCAGUUUUUAGAGAGAAAGUGCAAAGUAGCUUACAAAUGGUGCAGAGACUGAAACUUCAGUAUAAGAUGGAGUACCAUGAUGGAUGUGUGAAUGCUCUUAGCUUCAACAGAAUAGGGACGCUGUUAGCCAGUGGCUCUGAUGACCUGAAUGUGAUUCUGUGGAACUGGAUAAAAAAGAGGCCUUCUCUUGUGUAUGACAGUGGCCACCGAGGGAAUGUUUUCCAGGCAAAGUUUAUGCCAUUUAGUGGUGAUUGUCAUGUGGUCAGCUGUGCUAGGGAUGGUCAAGUGAGACUCGCCGAGUUGUCACUGACCGGGGUAUGUAAGGGGACCAAGAAGUUAGCACAGCAUAAAGGCGCUGCACACAAGCUGGCCUUGGAGUUAGACUCGCCCCACGUGUUUCUGAGCUGUGGAGAGGAUGCUGUAGUCUAUUCAAUUGAUUUACGUGAGGAUAAACCUAACAAAUUGUGUCAGACUAAAUGUGAGAAUCGCCGAGUUCCUUUGUACAGUAUACACUCGAACCCCGUCAACUCGUUUGAGUUUUGUGUGGGUGGCAGAGAUCGUUAUAUCAGGAUUUAUGACAAAAGGAAAAUUUCAGAUAGUGAAGAUGGCAUUGUCAAGAAGUUUUGCCCUCAUCAUUUGAUUGACAGCAAGUCGAAAGCUGACAUUACAUGUGCAGUGUAUAAUUACAAUGGAAGAGAGGUGAUGGGUUCCUACAAUGAUGAUGACAUUUAUCUGUUUGACAAUACACAUUCCGACGGAGCAGACUUCACUCGCAGAUAUCGAGGUCACAGAAACAGUGCUACAGUUAAGGGUGUGAACUUUUAUGGCCCCCGCAGUGAAUUUGUUGUCAGUGGAAGUGACUGUGGUCAUGUUUUCCUGUGGGACAAAGAAACCGAGAAUGUGGUGCAGUUCAUGGAAGGGGAUGAUUGUGGAGUGAUCAAUGUGUUGGAGCCCCAUCCUUUUGCCCCCAUUAUGGCUACAAGUGGACUGGAUCACGAUGUGAAGAUUUGGGCCCCUACUGCAGACGACCCUACUGUGUUACCUAAUCUCAAAAAGACAACCAAAAAGAACAGGAAGGAGAGAGAUGAGGAGAACUCGAGUGAUCCGUCUGCUUUACACGACAUGUUGGACGGUCCGAUGAUGUAUUAUAUCAUGCGUCAGAUCAGUCGAGCUCGGAGAAGGGUAACAGUGUUAACACUAACAGGGCCUGCAUUAUAUCAUUGCUCAUAUAUUGAUAUUUUAAACUUUAAUCCUGGUUCUAGCCUCCCCCUUAUCUUAUUGUUAGAAUGAAAAAGAAGGAAAUUUGUUGGCCAUGUGUACAAAACAUGUUCUAUAAUGAUCUCAUUCGGAUGUUCUUGGUUAUAUAAUGAUCCAGAUGAAUUUGAUUUUGGUCAUAGAAUGAACUAGGUGAAUGUUUUAUUGUUGCAGAAUGAUCCAGAUGGUGACGAUUCUAGUUCCAACAGUUCCGAUUCCGACUCUGAAGAUUCGGAAUUUGGCCCCGUGGACAGGCUUCAGUGUGCACAGCAGUAAGUCAGCCAUGUGUGACCAGAUCAAUCCAAAAUCAAUAGACUGUGCCAGACUAAUCAAAAGCUUAUGCAGAAUUUCUGGGAAAUUGCAUUCUUUGUCGAGGACAUCAUUUUUCACGCUUCAAUAUAAUCACUCUAGAAACUUCAUCGAUUUACACAGCAUAAUGCAUGACCACACAUUUGUGGAUAGUUAUUGUUUACAUCAGAUAGAGAAUGUUUCUGGCUUUUGUUUAUUUAUUCAUAUACUUAUACAUAAACACAUUUCUUUUUAUUUUGAUUUAAAAAGUAUUAUAUAUCCUACAUCAUGAACUGACCCAAUGUUUAACAACUGGAGUGAACUUCAAUGUUUAUGGAAUUAUUGAUGGUGAAUACCAUUUUGUUUGUGUUCUCAAUAAAAUAUGAUUUAUUC